AUGGCAUCCGCUGCUGAAGUUCAGGGUGCGAAUGGCUUCAAUGGCCACCACCAACAUAAACGGCAGAGAACCCAUCUUAGCGAAGUCGGCACUCACAUGGUAGCGGCGUCUGGCGAAUUCGUUGGUACUUUCUUCUUCUUAUACUUUGGCUAUGCCGGCAACAUUGUCGCCGUUCUUCAAGAGCCUGCCACCGGGCCGAAUGGCACAUUGACCAACAACACCAUUAUCUGGAUCGCAAUGGCAUACGGUUUCUCCCUCUUAGUCAACGUCUGGGCCUUUUACCGAAUCAGCGGUGGACUGUUUAAUCCUGCGGUCACCUUUGGUCUCUGUCUGGCUGGCCAACUGCCAUGGAUGCGAGCGCUGUACCUAUUCCCAGCUCAGCUCAUCGCUUCGAUGUGCGCAGGUGGUCUAGUCGAAGCCAUGUUCCCCGGUAGUGCCUCGCAGGCAAACACCACCCUCGGUCCCAAUACUUCGAUAGCACAAGGUGUCUUUCUUGAGAUGUUCUUUACAGCUCAAUUGGUCUUUGUCGUCUUGAUGCUUGCAGCGGAGAAAUCCCGCGAUACGUUUCUCGCGCCGAUUGGCAUUGGUCUCUCUGUUUUUGUGGCCCUCAUUCCAGGUGUCUUUGUUACAGGCGGAUCGUUAAAUCCAGUACGGUCUUUUGGCUGCGCUGUCGGUGGCAGAGACUUUCCUGGUUAUCACUGGCUCUACUGGGUCGGACCUCUUCUUGGUGGUGCUCUUGCUGCUGGCUACUUCAGGCUUGUCAAGAUGAUGCACUACGAGGAAGCGAACCCAGGGCAGGACAGUCCAGUCGACGUCUAG